AGUGGGCGGGGCGACUGUUGUAGUCUUUUAGACAUGUCAACAACAUGCCGGAGUCCAGAAGUGAGGCAGAGACGGACGAGAAAGGAGAAACACCGUCUAAAAAUAUAAUUUCAGUAAUUUCUCAGUUCGCUGACGAUAAUUUAACCAUUGUCCGGAACAUCAGUACUGGACUAGCAAUUGCCGGGGUAAUAGUAAUAUCAAGGAGUAUUAAAUUGAUCACUAGGUUUGGAUUAGCCUCCGAGAUCCCAGCGAGGUUCAUAGAGAAGAAUGUGAGCCUCAGAGGGAGAGUCCAGACCAUCACAGAGACGGGACUGGAGGUGGAGCACAUCCCCAUCUACAUCCCUAUCCUCUCCCCCCUGUUGGCUAAAGGUGGUGGUCGUGUGUAUCCACUGGCUGUGCGCCUGGCGGGGGUGGAGCUGACCCCAGAGGGGAGGGUGUGGCUGGAGCAGCACCUGAGCCCGGCCCAGACGGUGUGGCUCAAACUGGUCAGCAGAGAGGAGGAGACACUGCACUGUCUGGUGUCUGUUAGCCGGGGGUCAUUGAGGAGUCUGUGUCUGAAUGAGGAGGUGUUGAGGUUGGGUCUGGCACGCACUGUCCCAGUCUCUGGACUCCAUCCUCAGUCCCACCUUUACCUGCGGCUCCACCAACGGCUGCUCAAGGCAGAGGUCAAGGCCGAGCGGAAGGGGCGAGGCAUGUGGAAAGAGGAUAGCCUAUGGGAGAGGACCUCACAGGCUGUUUGGGACAACUCACUGGUCAGACUCAUCAGGAGGAUCUUCAAGUGGACAUGAUUGGUUGGUUGAGUGACUGACUGUCUGAUUGGCUGAUUUCAAUUAGGCUUGACAGUAAGUUCAUGAUUGUUACAAGGCUCAGGCCUGUCUCAGAAUACGGCUGUGUCAUUAUGUGUCUGUGUUUGUGAAGUGGAUCAUCUAUUUGUCAACUGAUUGCCCAGAGAUUUGCUCUCAAAAUAAAAAAUGGACAAUAUUCACACGAUUAUCUGUACAAACAAUCUUUUCUCCUGUUCUUUACUAUCGGGGAAAAGUGUGAAACGAUGUCUCAAACGAAUGGGGGUAUCGACAAAAUCGUAGACAUGGGACAAAAAAAAAAAAAACGUUUUGACCCACUUCCUUAUUAAAGUUGAUAUAUAUCGUUGGACAUUAAACGCACUGACACGGCAUUGACAAGACAGAAUAGAAACCAGUCUACUUACAGUUGGUGUUCCCCUUCGUAGGUCAGAAUGUGUUGAUGUUUCAUUAGAUUAUGUAAAGAAACUUGGCUGUCAGAAAUCCACAAAUCCACAUCAAACGCAUGUGAAAUAAAUAUGCAUUUGGUUAAUUAAUUUCUGCAUUGUGUUUUAUAUUCUAGAAGAUGUUCAUUCAUGAAUAAGUAAUGCUGCAUGUAAAAGCCAUUGUGAAAUUUGAUGGGAGAUUGUGAUGGGGGCGAUUUACAAAUUCUCUUUGUGGAGGUACCUCAGAAAGCACUGGUUGGAUAGAGGGUAAUUUCAUGCUAAUAUAUUUAAAUGAUGCCCAUCUGUAUAUAGAAAUUAGUUGUUAUUUUCUAAGUUAUUCAGUCAAUAUAAUAACAUUGACGUAUCAUUGAAGAAUAUGUAUUUUAAAAUAUUUCACAUUCAAAUGGAAUACCUGAAAUCCCACCAAAAUAUCUGUCUUCUAUUGAUUUUCAGUCUCUAAACAAUUGUUUAUGUGCUUAUAGUACAGUCAGUAUUUGAUUUGUUGUUGUAAUUAAAAACAGAGUAGAUUGUUCUAUUUAUUCUAUUCCAUUAUGAAGAUGAUUGAUGUAAAUAUUGAAGACUAUUGAAUGGUUCUCAUGUUCAGCUAAAGAGGUAGACAACUUCUGACGUGGACUAGAGUGACGUGGACUAGAGUGACGUGGACCAGAGUGACGUGGACCAGGGUGACGUGGACCAGGGUGACGUGGACCAGGGCGACGUGGACCAGGGCGACGUGGACCAGGGCGACGUGGACCAGGGCGACGUGGACCAGGGCGACGUGGACCAGGGCGACGUGGACCAGGGCGACGUGGACCAGGGCGACGUGGACCAGGGCGACGUGGACCAGGGCGACGUGGACCAGGGCGACGUGGACCAGGGCGACGUGGACCAGGGCGACGUGGACCAGAGCGACGUGGACCAGAGCGACGUGGACCAGAGCAGUCAGCCAGGUCUUCCUGUACUAGACUGAGCUGUAGCUAGAAACCAGAAUAUUCAGAAGGCUUUAGCUGGACCAUGGUAGACAGAGAGAUGGAGGACUAGAGAUAACGGAUAAGGAAAUAAUAUCUGUUGUUUUCACCUGUCUAAAUAAUGUUGUUUUAUCCUGUCUAAAUAAUGUUGUUUUAUCCUGUCUAAAUAAUGUUGUUUUAUCCUGUCUAAAUAAUGUUGUUUUAUCCUGUCUAAAUAAUGUUGUUUUAUCCUGUCUAAAUAAUGUUGUUUUAUCCUGUCUAAAUAAUGUUUUAUCCUGUCUAAAUAAUGUUGUUUUAUCCUGUCUAAAUAAUGUUGUUUUAUCCUGUCUAAAUAAUGUUGUUUUAUCCUGUCUAAAUAAUGUUUUCACCUGUCUAAAUAAUGUUGUUUUAUCCUGUCUAAAUAAUGUUUUCACCUGUCUAAAUAAUGUUGUUUUAUCCUGUCUAAAUAAUGUUUUCACCUGUCUAAAUAAUGUUGUUUUAUCCUGUCUAAAUAAUGUUUUCACCUGUCUAAAUAAUGUUUUCACCUGUCUAAAUAAUGUUGUUUUAUCCUGUCUAAAUAAUGUUGUUUUAUCCUGUCUAAAUAAUGUUGUUUUAUCCUGUCUAAAUAAUGUUGUUUUAUCCUGUCUAAAUAAUGUUGUUUUAUCCUGUCUAAAUAAUGUUUUAUCCUGUCUAAAUAAUGUUUUAUCCUGUCUAAAUAAUGUUUUCACCUGUUUAAAUAAUGUUUUCACCUGUUUAAAUAAUGUUUUCACCUGUCUAAAUAAUGUUUUCACCUGUCUAAAUAAUGUUUUCACCUGUCUAAAUAAUGUUUUCACCUGUUUAAAUAAUGUUUUCACCUGUUUAAAUAAUGUUUUCACCUGUCUAAAUAAUGUUUUCACCUGUCUAAAUAAUGUUGUUUUAUCCUGUCUAAAUAAUAUUGGUUGUUUUCACAGGUCUGAAGAGGCAUGUUUUGAUGUUUCAGAAGUCCAGAUGUUUUUAGCAGGAGAAAAAAAACAGUGGGAGUUAAAGAAGCCUGUCUUAUCUAGAUAAAUAAAACAACUUGGUUUUAUUUCAUCUCAAGAACAUAAUCAAUAGUUAAAUUGGCAUUCUUUUUUUGGGGUCAAAAUACUAAUCUAUUUUAUCUGGCAAUGAAAAGCGUCAUAGACAGAUUUUCUAAGUGUUUAUAACUGAAAGGUUUCCACAUGUAAUUGUAAACAAAUAAAUAACUUUUACCUUC